AUGCGCCUAAUAACGAAAGGUUCUGCUCCAUUGUUGUCGCAGGCGGCGAACCGUGGUUGGUCGCGUGGGAACGGCCAGGGGCAAAGGCCUAAUACUCUCGCCAGAGCUGGCUGGGCCCCGACGCUGGGAAUCAAUGGUCACAAUGCUUUUGGAUUGCCUUUCCGGGGAACUCAAACACGCUUCUUGAGAAAAGCAAAUUACGUCGAGAAGAUUGGCGACAAUGAAAGGAUGGAAGAGUUACUGGAGGCAUUGGAGGUUAAAGACGACAAGAAAGACACCCGGCCAAAGCUAGGCGUCAAUCAAAAGAAGGCCAAAUGGGCAGAGGAUAUGUCAAAAGGAAAGAUGUUGACCACUCCAUCACGAUUGUUCAAACUGAUCAUUCCCCUCAAGACCCUCGACACGAAAGGCGACGAUAACAAUGGAACCGAGCCUAUUGCAAUCCUAGUUCACCCCCAACAACCCCUCUCCUACCUAGAAAAGCUUAUCCAAGCCGAGAUCCCCCCAAUUACAGCCAAAGACGAAACCCUACGCCCACCCACCAUCUCCUUCAUAGCCCUCCAACACGAAGACAACGCCAUUAGACCGAAAAAACACAUCAGCGACGAAACUGACCACGUGCGCGACGUUGAAACAGAACACCCAACCGGCACAUCACCCACAAGCCGACGUCAACCCCACGAGGAAGAUGACUUCAUCUACGCGCGGAAAACAGACUCAAGCUUGGAUCCAUUGAACGGCAGACCGCAACGUUUCGUGCGGUGGUCUCAAGCCACUGAAGUGGGCGACUUCAUUCGUGACGCAGCGCGUACCCGCGAAUUUAUCGUUUCGAUAGAGGGCGCGCCCAGUGGGAAGGGCCAGAUCCGCGUGACGGUUCCAUCGUUCAACGAACGGACGUAUUUCCUACGGAUGCGGAUGCGAAAGCUUUCGCGGCGGAUUCAAAAGAUCGCGGAGAUUAAGCAUGAAUGUGAUGAGUUGGCACAGCGUGGUGCGCAGCGAGUGGCAAUUGGCGGGUUUGGAAUACUUUCCGUGUGGUGGUAUAGCGUGUAUAAGUUGACGUUUGAGACCGACCUGGGUUGGGAUACCAUGGAGCCGGUUACCUAUCUGGUCAGUUUGUCGACGCUGAUGGGUGGUUACUUGUGGUUCUUGUAUCACAAUCGGGAGAUCUCGUAUAAGUCUGCCUUGGACUUUACGGUCAGUGCGAGGCAGAAGAAGUUGUACCAGCUCCACAAUGUUGAUUUGCAGCUUUGGGAGACGCUCAUCGAUGAGGGGAAGACUUUGAGGAGGGAAAUCAAGGGGAUCGCGGCGGAGUAUGAUGCGGAGUGGAAUGAGCGGGUUGAUGAGCAAGAUGGGAGGGUUACCGAGGCGUUGAGGUCGGAUCGGGGAGACGAAGAGAAGAAAGAUAGUAAAGAGAAGAAUAGCGAUUGA